CGCACAAGGUUUUUGCAGGUUGCAGCGGGCAUGUCACCGCACACUCUAUUCUCCAGCCUCGAUGAGACCGUCGCCAACGCGUGCGAAUCGUGACUCCGAGGGCCUGCGCACGAUACCAUCCAAAGGGUCGGUAAGGGUCAGACUUGCGUUGGGCUGAUACUUGGCUCGGCGCAUGCAGAGUCACUGACGCCCAGCGGCCCCCCUGCUGGCUCAGUGCUCUCUCUCUCUCUGCUCCUUUGGCUCGUGCCGUGCCGUCCAUGGAUUUUAACUCGGGCCCAGACGGGGGCGGGCUAGGGUGGCCACCGCCCAGAGCUCUGGUCCACGCCUUUAGUCCAAGCCGCCGUGCGCUCAUGAUUCCCUCCUUACAUGCUUUACCUAGGUGAAUGACAUGACAUGCGGCUGGGCACCGAGGCUGGCAGGCCAUUCAUUCAUGGCAAGAUGAACACAUCGGAGGCGGCCCGCGACGGUUGGAAGCUUUGCACCUGCCUGCGUACCUGCGCAGACCCAGGCAAUGCUCGAGGCUAAAAUAAAGGCGGCAACAAGGGGCAGGCGGAUGGCGAGGCAACGCAGCCAACGCAAAGUAGGCAUCAACGUUACUUGACAGACGACUACAUCUUCUUCCUGCCUUGCUCUCGUGCUAAACCCCAAAGGUGGGCAAGAAAGGUUAUAUUCCUUGGUAGCCGCCAGCCAGUCCGUCCGUCAAGUCAAGUCAGUCAGUCCACCUGGUAGCCAAGCCAGGUACUAAAGGUAGGUAGGUACGUACUGCCUUACCGCACACGCCGACUUUCCCAACCCGCCUGGGCCCGACUAUUUCUACUAUCCCUUGUCCCUCCUCCUCCUCCUCCUCCUUCCCCCCUCCUCCUCCUCCCGCCCUCCAUCUCUACCUCACGGCGUAUUCCUUCCAUCUAGCCAUUCACUCACGGUUCCGAAUAUCCCUGUCUCGCUUGCUUCACCUCCAGCAGUUGAAUGGGAAACCCGCCUUGACAACUAGUCCCCCUUCCUCACCAUCACUACCAUCACUCUCCUCCACAUUACACCAUUCGCCGCCAUCCGUCCUCGGAGUUGCCCUGCCCUCCGUCCCCCUUCCACCGUGCUGCCUCCCUCGCCCCCUUUGUCCACAAUCCACGUCUCGCUUUGACGCAGACUUGCACAAUGGCCGGUGCUGGUGCCGGUGUCGGUGUCGGUGCCGGUGCUGGUGCCGGUGCCGGUGCUGGUGAAGCCGGUCCUGGCCCUUCUCCGGGUCCUGGCCGUCGUCCUCCUGUGGGUCACGCCCACCGAAGAGGCCCCUGGUCCACAGCCGAGGACAAGGUGCUCCUCGAACUCAUUCGCGUCUCCGGUCCUCUCAACUGGGUCGCCAUCUCGUCCGCCUUGGGCACACGCUCCCCCAAGCAAUGCCGUGAGCGCUAUCACCAAAAUCUAAAGCCCACGCUCAACCACAAUCCCAUCACGCCCGAUGAGGGUGAGUACAUCGAGCGAAUGGUGGGCCGCGAUGGCAAGCGAUGGGCCGAGAUUGCUCGUCGACUUCAGGGCCGUAGCGACAACGCCGUCAAGAACUGGUGGAAUGGGAGCCAGAAUCGCCAGAGGCGCCUCGGACGACGUCGCGCUCUUGCUGCAGCGGGGUCCGAAAUGGCAUCGGCGGCGACAUCAUCACAACUGCCCCUCCCACAACUGCCCCAGAGCCCGGCUUCCGUUCAUACCCGUGGCCCGUCCAAUGGCUGUACCUUGCCGCCACUGCCGCCUCACCAUGGCCUCUUCUCAGAUAACAGUAUCGCACGCGAUACGUUUGCUCUACCGCCUCUGUCGACAUCGUCGGCGGUCCCAAUGGAGCGUCUGUCCAUGACCCUUACUCUACGACAGUCCGGUGUCAUGAGCAACAGCUACGAUGAUUCCAAAUCGACCAUUUCCAGCGGACGCCCGUCAAUGCAUUCGCUUCGAGACCCAGAGAUUGAGACGGACGCUGACGCCGCAAACUACGUCACGUCGCCGACUUAUCCUGCACGGGAGCAUUCUCGAGCUGGCGUUGCCCUCCCACCCCUCAGGGAUUGGCCAUCCGACGCGCCGCGCACCUCUCUCCCGAGCCUCAGUCGCCUGACGUUGACAUCAUCCAACUUGGCUACGGCAUUGUCUACCCCUCGCUUGUCGCUGCCAUCUCUCCUUGAACAAGCGCAGCUACCAACCGCUCCUGGCUCACCUACAAAUGGACAGGGACAUGUUCUGCAAACUUCUGUUGAGGGUUCCCAUCAGCGACCGCGGUAUGAGCACCAGCGGGCGGGCGGGUCAUCUAGCCCCAAGGAUAGGCGAAUGGAUCUGUCGUCACUUCUCCGCUGAUUUUGCCUCAUUUUGGCUUUCGCUGUCGGGGCUCAUGGUAGCCUGCGUUUCCAAACUAUGCCUUGGUAUGGGGCCACCCGGCUGCGGGCAGAAGAUGGGCAAGCCAGACACAGGCUGGGGCUGAGCUCGAGGCCCAGUCUAAUAUGGAUGGCGGCCGCGAGCCUUACUGUAUUAGUAUAAUCUGUUUGCCUUUUGCGAUUCAGGGUGUAAUUGGAGCAGCAGCGGCAAGGAAAAGGGAGCAGACUGAAGGGGAUACCAGGGGACACGGACGGCGUUGGGACUCAUUGCUAGAGCGCGAUACCCCUUGGCAGCCAGCUCCAGCGAGCAAAUGGCGACUUUGCGUGUUUGUUACUGUACUGUCUGAUGACUGGGAAUGGCACUAAAACAAGAAUGCGACUUAUUCAAGUGCUAUGCCGAUGCCCAUGACCUGUGUGCCUGGGGCCGUGACUCCCAUUGCGCUCUCGCUUUGUCAACCAAUGAU